AAGUGGGGUUGGUUUUAAUUAUCAUGGUUUCAGCAAAAUUUGAUCUUUCAUCUGAAGAGAUGAAAUUGUUACAUGUGCAUGUCAUGUUAUUCCUCAAUUUCUUGAAAUUAGAUGAAAAAGGGGGAAAAAUAUUUAAUUGCAUUUGUUAUACAUGCAAAGGUUGAUGAUUGGAGAAGGAGGGAAAGAUGGGGUGGAUUUGCCGGCUGAGUCGGCAUUGCAAAAUUGCUUUCGGAAGUUUGCUUCAAAAGAGGGAAAAACCCCUCUCUUUGCGGUCAAUUUCUUCCAUUUGUUGCAGUAGAGAGACAGCCUGCGAAGACCAAGUCAAAGAAGCAUGCCAGGUUUCGAAGUAUUUGGCGGUGAAGAUGUUUCCUUUCUUUCUCAUACGGACCCUGUUGUGUUAGAGCUCAACAGGUUGCAGAAUCAGCUCAAAGAGAAGGAGAGGGAACUGGGAAAAGCUCAAAGUGAAAACCGAGCACUGAGAGCAACUGAAGCACUGAAGGAUAAGGCUUUAGAGGAGUUUGGAGGUGAAGUCAGAAGGUUGGAAGAGAAGCUAAGAUUGAAUGGAAACCAUCUAGAACAGAAGAAUCUUGACAUCAAGAAGCUCACAAAUGAAAAGAAGGAAGCGCUGGCUGCACAAUAUGCAGCUGAAGCCACUCUUAGAAGAGUUUACGCCAAUCAAAAAGACGAUGAUUCUAUUCCCAUCGAGUUGGUCAUUGCUCCUCUAGAGGCUGAACUGAAGAUGUAUAAGAAUGAGGUUGCAGCAUUACAAGAGGAUAAGAGGGCAAUUGAACGUCUUACAAAAUCCAAAGAAGCAGCGUUGCUUGAAGCUGAGAAAAUACUGAGAAGUGCCCUAGAAAGGGCAUUGAUUGUCGAGGAGGUUCAAAACCAAAAUUUUGAGCUUAGGAGGCAUAUUGAGAUAUGUCAGGAGGAGAAUAAAAUACUUGAGAAGACAAACAGAUGCAAGGUUUUAGAGGUUGAAAAGCUUAGCCAAACCAUCAGGGAGCUCGAGGAGGCCAUACUUGCUGGUGGAGCAGCAGCCAACACUAUUCGUGAUUACAAGAGACGGAUAUCUGAACUUAAUGAUGAGAAGAGGACUCUAGAAAGAGAGCUGGCAAGAAUAAAGGUUUCAGCGAACAGAGUAGCAACAGUGGUGGCUAAUGAGUGGAAAGACGAGAACGACAAAGUUAUGCCCGUUAAACAAUGGCUAGAAGAGAGAAGGCUGCUGCAGGCGGAGAUGCAGAAGUUAAAAGACAAAUUAGCAAUCUCAGAAAGAGCUACCAAGGCAGAGGCGCAAGUCAAGGAGAAGUUGAAGUUGAGGCUUAAGACUCUUGAAGAAGGCUUAAAGAAUGCAACUUCGUUCUCUAUCGAUACAAAUGGAUCCCCCAAGAAUGCAAAGUCUAGCAAUUUCUUUGGGAUCCUAUCAAGUAAUACCAGAACAAAGAAGAGAUCCACGUCACAACCGAGGGGAUCCACCAUCACUAAAAGUGCAAUACAAAUGCUGGAUGAAAAGCAGACAACGGUUAAUGCAGAAAUGAAGCCUGUCAAUAGGUUGAUGAUGAAAAAUCCCACAUCUGAAAGUUUGUCGAAGAAGAGUCUGUGGGCUUCCCGAAACAAGGUUAUUGACAAUAGUGGAAAGGAAAAUGCAGAGACGAACAAUGUUGCCAUGGCCUAUGACAAAAUACAGAACAAAGAUGAAGUUACAGAAAUGGAAAACAGAACAGGUGUAACUGGUAGCAACAAAGAGAUGAAAAGUUCGGAGAUAGGUAAUAUAGAUGAUGAAGAUGUGGUAUCAGGAAUUUUAUACGACAGACUUCAGAAAGAAGUUAUACACUUGAGAAAGUCCUCGGACAUAAAAGACAUGACUCUGCAUUCUAAAGACGAAGAAAUCAAGUUGCUUAUGAAAAAGGUCGAAACACUGGCUAGAGCCAUAGAAGUGGAGUCCAAGAAAAUGAAGAGAGAAGCGGCAAUGAGAGAGAAGGAUUCAGCAUUAGCUAAGCUGGAUGAGAAGAUGAGGAGCACAAACUCAUCCAAAAGGUCUGUGAAUGCUUCCUGAAUAUACAUUGCUGGGAAUGAGGAAACCUCUAGAACAAUGGACAGCGUUUGAUGAUUUGUAAUGUAAAUAGGCAGGGCUCCGUUUGCAUGAAUGCUAGAUAGCAGAAAAUUAGACCUGUGAAAUAGUGACUGAGUAGCUACUAGCUUGUUUCAUGAGUUGUAGAGUGCAUUCUUACCAUAUUUAUCUGAUUUUGCUGUAUGUAUAUGUCUGUGCAGAACCAUUUCCCCGAGCAGAUAUUUCAGUAAAUUAUUUGUUUAUUUGUAUA